AUUUUUGUUCUGUCUGUCUGGCCGCGGUAUGUGAGGAAGACUUGAACGGGAAGGGACGAAGACGCCGUAGACGCGAGGGAGCGAUUUAAAGACUGGGUGCGUAUCUUACACUCGUGAAAUGUGGACGGUUCUUACUGCAGGUCCAGUCACUGUCUUCUACCAAAUUCUAUCUCCUGUUAGUUAGCCUGCUAGCCAGCUAGCUCCCACGCGCAGUGUCUCGCCUGCUGUCGCCUCAGUGUCUCUUGUCUCCAGGGUUGUCAGGUGGCACAGAGCCUUUGAAGACCGACACCGUCCACUGUCCCCGGCUCUUCCACUGCCUCUGGAGACGUGUCUGCAGCGGCGAGCGUGUGUUCGAUCGGAUACAGGAUGUCUGGCCAGAGCAUUACAGACAGGAUAACCGCCGCACAGCACAGUGUCACCGGCUCGGCGAUUACCAAAACUGUGUGCAAGGCGACCACGCAUGAAAUCAUGGGGCCGAAAAAGAAACAUUUGGACUACUUGAUUCAGUGCACGAAUGAGAUGAAUGUGAACAUCCCUCAGCUGGCUGACACACUGUUUGAGAGGACCACUAACACCAGCUGGGUUGUUGUCUUCAAGUCCCUCACCACUACACACCAACUGAUGGUCUACGGCAAUGAGAGAUUCAUUCAGUAUCUGGCUUCAAGGAACACACUAUUCAACCUGAGCAAUUUUUUGGACAAAAGUGGAUUACAAGGCUAUGAUAUGUCAACGUUCAUAAGGAGGUAUAGCCGCUACCUGAAUGAGAAGGCUGUGUCCUACAGACAAGUUGCUUUUGACUUCACUAAAGUAAAAAGAGGGUCCGAUGGGUUGAUGAGAACGAUGAACACAGAGAAACUCCUCAAGACCAUCCCUAUCAUCCAAAAUCAGAUGGAUGUGUUACUUGAUUUCAAUGUCACCUCUGAAGAGCUUAAAACAACUCCACCUGUCUUCCAGGUCAAUGCCAACGAACUGACAAAUGGUGUGAUCAACGCAGCUUUCAUGCUUCUCUUCAAAGAUGCGAUCCGACUCUUUGCUGCCUACAAUGAAGGCAUAAUCAACCUCCUGGAGAAAUACUUUGACAUGAAGAAAGUCCAGUGCAAAGAAGGACUUGAUAUCUACAAAAAAUUCCUUACACGAAUGACAAGAAUCUCAGAGUUCCUCAAAGUUGCAGAGCAAGUGGGGAUUGAUAGAGGAGACAUCCCAGAUUUGUCUCAGUUUACAGUUUGUGCCCCCAGCAGCCUGCUGGAUGCCCUGGAACAGCACUUGGCCUCUUUAGAGGGAAAGAAAGUCAAAGACUCAACAGCAGCCAGCAGGGCCAGCACCCUCUCCAGUGCGGUCUCUUCCCUGGCCAACACCGGCAUCUCUUUCACCAAAGUGGACGAGAGGGAAAAACAGGCAGCCCUGGAGGAAGAGCAGUCUCGUCUAAAAACACUAAAAGAGCAGCGUCUUAAAGACCUCCAGAGGAAUCCUGCAACCGCAACCACAGACUCCUCCCCUGUCUCCACAUUGGGUGGAACAAUCAAUUCAGCCCCUGCCAUUGACCUCUUCUCCACCCCCAGCUCCACCAACAGCACGUCCAAGGCAGCCAAUGACCUUCUGGACCUGCAGCCAACCUUCCAGCAGUCGCUGCCUCCCACCACCAAUAACUCAUGGGGAGAUCCUUUUAACUAUGCUGCAGAAGCUGUGGAGGAUUCUACUCCAAACUCAAACCCUUUCAUCACAAUACCUGUUGUCGAUGCUGUCCACCCGUCCACGGUGUCCUCGGACGCUGGCAGUCUGUCCUCUCGGACACCUAGUCAUGAAGUGUUCGAUCAUUACACUCCUUUUUUUGACUCCAGCUCUUCGCUGACAUCUGAUCUUGAAACUGGUGCACAGAUAGAGACAUUUAUCACAGACUCCUUCUGUGGGCCAAGCCCUUACACCACCCUCUUCCAAUCUGAGCCCCCUGCUGUAGCUGGUCUAUUCAGAGGGUUUACAGCCUCCCCAACACCACAGCAGCCACAAAACUCUCGAGGCCUUAACGUCGACUUUGACUCAGUAUUUGGCAACAACACUAAUGGUAACAACCUGGAUUCCACUGGUGGCAUCCUCAAACCCACAGUGACAUCCUCACCCAAUCAGAGCAUGACCCUGAAUGGCCAACAACCCAACAAACUUGUGUCCAAUGACCUGGACUCCUCACUGGCCAAUCUUGUCGGCAAUCUAGGAAUGAACAACGGCACAGCAAAGAAUGAUCUUCACUGGAGUCAGCCUGGUGAGAGGAAGCUGACAGGUGGAAGCAACUGGCAACCCAAGUCAGCACCUUCCACCACCUGGAACCCUGCAACCAUGGCUCCAUCUGUCAUGGCCUACCCUGCAACCACACCGACAGGCAUGAUGGCAUGUGCAAUGCCUCCUCACAUGGGCUCCAUGAUGAUGACACAGCCCACUAUGAUGUACAACCAGCCUGUGAUGAGGCCGGCCAACCCCUUCGGCCCCAACCCAGGUGCUCAGUCCCCCACAACCUCUAGUCCCUCCAGUCUCAGCCCCCUCAGAGCUCCAGGGAAGGACCCCUUUGCACAGCUCUUUCUACAGAAUUUUUUAUAGAGCAUCUUUAGAUGCAGUUUAUGUAACCUGAGGAGGGGGGGGAGUCUUUCCCAUCUGAAGAUGAUUCACAACAAAGUCAAGUAUCAGAGCGAACCUGCAGUUUGCUCCUAAUGAACUCACCUCUCUGAGAAGGAAAGACCCAAAUAAGACUGAAUAACAUCACGGUGACUCAGGGUGGCUCCAGACCGCUCACUGGACAUCGUGCCCAUCUCGUCAUGUCUAAGUCACAGUGGAGGAGGAGGAGGAGGAGGAGGAGGAGGGAGCGUGUGCUGCCAUUCAAAUCAUGUGGACUCAUGUGGACAGGGAUCAGCCCAUACUGUAUCCUGGACUAAGAGAAACUCAACACCUAAAGGGAGGGACUUCUGACAUCACCGUUUGUGUACAUGGAAAAAAGAAAAGAGGGUUGUUGCGUGUGCACACAAACACACACACAAAAAAACAUUUUUGAGUUGUCCCUUACUGUUUUCGUUCCUCUUUCUCCAGGCGAGGCUGGAAAGUUGCCUCCUUUGAUCAUGAUUAUUUCCCCCAAACUUCCUCAAAUUAAGACAAUUGCAAAAUCCAGUUUAUACCACACUUUUUUUUUUUCUUUUGUGUUCUUUGUAUGUAUUGUUUGCAGUAGACAUUCCUUGUAUAUUGUUUGUAUUUAUUUAUGAUUACCUAUCGAGAGGAUGACAUUAUCAAACAAAAUGUAAAUGUAACCAGUCACUGACCUGCCUCAUGUGGAAGGUCUUCAGGUUUAUACAUAGGUAUGAUUGAUUGUAGAAUUGGAUUUUGAGUGAUUGAGACGAUUUUUUUUUAAACAAACAAAAAAAGUUAAUAUAAAGUUUAAAAAAAGAUGACACGUUUUGCUGCUGGGGCACUAAAUAUUCUCUGUACUCGCAUGAUGCCUUGUACAGUUAUCUGUGGCUCGGGUGUGGGGGGUUGUCAACACUGAGGAUCUGUAUCAAAGUAAUUAUUCAUUAACACCAUCAAAUCUGCUAAUCUAUGACAUAAGUUUCUAUGAAUUUGACCACAUGUUUCACGUCAGCAGAAGCACUACAUUGUACGAUGGAGGCAGCAUUGCAUUGGAAAGGAAUUGCUGUUUCUGCUUUUGAUGCUUUUCGCAUGUCAUUUAUUCUUCCAUUUAACAAAGCUCCUGGCUGCCCCCUUUCUCUGGCCUGAAUGUGCUGGGUCGCUUUCAUGGUUAGAUCAUGUUUUCAUAGGCCAGCACCUGGGUGUUUCGGGCACUGUGGGGGAUGGGGUGGAGGUGGGGUUGGGGCCACUAAGGUCCAGUGGUGCAGGAGAAUGGAGCACUGUUGAUCGGUGCUUUGUGUAUAUAGAACUGAUCCUGCAGACGAGGGGUGGGGUGUGGAUAUGAAAGAUGGCCUGAACAUGAAAGUGGCCCCUAAUCCAUUAACUGAGCAUAUUUGUUGCAUUGUCCCUGCAGAUUAUAGUUUUUGUUUGAUUUUUUUUUUGUUUUGUUUCCCAAUAAAUUGCAAGCUUCCACAAUC